AUGGGCGUGGAAGAAGCUCACAUGUUGGGCUUGCAGGAGUUCAGCAACAUCUGGGACCAGAAGCAGCAGGACUUUGAUGCUCGUGCGAACCAGCUACAGAAGGUCCUCGCAACCCGACAUAAGCAAGAACACCAGGCCCACCUGGAGAAACUCCGAAGAGAAGUGGAGCCUAGGACACCGAGGUGGAGCCGCGAUCUCCUCAACCUGCGGAAGAUCCAGGAGACCUUGGCAAAAAUGCGGAAGUACGCAGAGGCUGAGAAGACGAAGGUUCAGGCAGACAAGUUGGAAGCAAGAGAGCACAAUCAGUGGAAGGAGAAGCGUGAAGCCAGGAUUGCGGUUAUGGAGGAGCAGUUCCUGCACAAGCAGCAGCUUGAGAUGGGGGGCCUGCUCAAGCGGCUCAAGGCCUCCCGCGAAGAGCUCCGGCGCAGUCGCAAGGCGGAGAUGGAGCGCCUGCUGCAGCGAUAUCAAAACCUGAAGAUGCAGAUGGAAAACCAGCAGCGCAUCAUCCAGCAGCGCGUGGAGAGGUAUCCAAUCACGGCGCCGAUGAUCAACAACAGCUCCAGGCCCCCAUCAGGUCAUAGCUCGUUUCACUCCAGAGGCAUGUGCUUCUCUGUGAGAGAUGCCUCAGGAGGGGGCGCCGGGGCGGGGCAGAGAGGGGCCUUCCUUUUUCGAGUGGUGCAGGACAUGGAGGACUACCGCGAGGCGCAGCGAGCCAAGUGGCUCCGCCAGGCCGCGAAGCCCGCCGAGGACUCGGCCGUGGGCGCUGAGGGCUCCCAAACCUCGGGAGCAGAAGCUCGACCCGAGGCGGCGGAGGCGGCCGCGGCGGCCGCGGCCAAGAACGAAACGGGCUCCGCGGGCUCCUCGCUCAAGCCGAACGCUCGCCGGGUGCACAUCUUGCCUGUCUUCCCGAGUUCCUGCGACCAGAGCCAGCGUUUGGAGAUCUUGUCGCCCCUUCUGCGAAGCAUGCGAAACAGUCAGACUCCCGUGAAGACGGGGCUUUUUCUGAGACCUGCUGGAUAUGAGUUCGUCGUGGUGAAAUGCGAGCCAGAUGACGCCAUUCUAGCCAUGAACACCGACUACUUCAUUGAAGGAUCUCCGCUGAAAAGGUUCGAGAAGGUUCAGUUCAUCUGUCUUUGGGACUUCGAGCGGACUCGGACAGACCAGGAUGCAACAGCCUUGUUCCAAGAGUACAUCAACCCGUACUUCAAGAGGUUGAACUCCAACGAGGUCACGAGUAUCGUCAGUGUCAACGAACAGCUACAGAUCAAUGGCAUGGAGUUUCAGGUGAUGGCUGCCGAGCCAGUGCCACCCGAAAUAGGCAUCGUUGAUCUGAGCACUGUGGUAUUCGUCGAUUGGGACAACACGCCCGAGUUCUCCAAGAUCCACUUCGUACCCUUUCAAGACACACUGCCUGCAGCGUAUGAGUACGACAUCUUCAACGAUUACUUAAAGCCAUACCUGACACGGAACAAGCAGCAGAGCUUCGCCAUGAAUGACCAGUUCACUUUUCAGGGGGUUCAGUUCAAAGUGGUCUGCUGCGAACCACGUGGAGAGCGAGGGCGCAUUGGCAAGAAUACGACAAUCUACUGCGAGGGAGUUCUUCACCCAUCGCUACGCAAUCUACUUCCUCCGGAAAUGCCGCUGCCUCUGACGGUUUUUAUGCCAUGCACCUUUCAAUCGAGCCUUGGACCAUGA